UCGAGGCAAAGUGCCUGAGGGUUUUUGUCGAAUUCCACCCUCCCGUUUCGCUCCCGUCCUCCUGUUCAGCAGCAAUUGGUCGAUUUUUUUCUCCCUUUCCCCCCCGUCAGUCCACAGGAUGAAAUGAGGUGAAGGAAGGAAGGAGAGAGAGAAGUAGAGGGGGAUGAAUAGCCGAAGGGAUGGGUGAAUAACGACGCAAGAAACACCCACCCCCAGUUUUAGUCUGGACUGACUGACGGAAUAGUUGACUGAGAGAGGCUGAAACAAACCAGGGAGACAGACAUACACUCUGGGGAUUGAGAGGAUCCGUGGGAAAUAGGAGCGUUUAGGAUUUGAUGACUUGUGCAGAAGGAGCAUCACAGUUGUAAGGAUGCUGAUUGUAGGACUCCCAAUAAGGACGUGGUGUCCUCUGCUCUUCCUGGUGUUGGCUGUACAUUUCCCAGCCCCUGCCCAGGGUCAAGUUCCAGCUCCCAGAAGAUUACGUUUUAAAGUGCUGGGUACGAGCAAAUUACAUGUAUCCUGGAAAGAGCCGAAAGGGAAUGUCGACGGCUAUAGAGUUUUAUACCAGAGUGAACCAGGCGAAGAGUACAAGGAGCUGCGCGUUUCCAAGGGGGACCAUAAAGUGGUGAUCCAGGACUUUGAUGCCAUGAAGGAGUACCACGUCAGGGUUCUAGCUGUGAGAGGGAACCAGCAGAGCAGAGCACUACAAGGGAAGUAUGCCGCUGAAGACCUGGAGGGAGAGGGGGUGAGCACAUUGCCUCUGAGACUUGAUGACACCGGAGGGACUGAGGAGAUCAACGAGAUAUCUGGAGCGGAUCCUUUUGUCUGUACGACUCAGGCCAUAGCUGACAUAGUGAUCCUGGUGGAUGGAUCCUGGAGCAUCGGGAGGCUCAACUUCCGCUUGGUCCGCAUGUUCCUGGAGAACCUGGUCAGCGCUUUCAGCGUCGGGAUCGACCAGACCAGGAUAGGUCUGGCCCAGUACAGUGGGGACCCCAGGAUAGAGUGGCAUCUGAAUGCCUUCACCACUAAAGAUGCAGUCCUGGAUGCUGUGAAGAACCUGCCCUAUAAGGGAGGCAACACACUGACAGGCCUGGCCCUGACCUAUAUCCUGGAGAACAGCUUCAAGCCCGAGUCAGGCUCCAGGAGCGGGGUACCCAAAGUCGGUAUCCUAAUCACAGAUGGGAAGUCCCAGGAUGACGUGAUCCCCCCUGCCCAGAGCCUGAGGGACGCUGGCAUCGAACUCUUCGCCAUUGGUGUAAAGAAUGCUGAUGAGAAUGAGCUGAGGGCCAUAGCUUCUGAGCCUGACAACACUCAUGUGUACAACGUGGCAGACUUCAGCGUCAUGAGCUCUAUCAUAGAGGGACUGACCCAGAUAGUCUGUGAACGGGUAGAGGAGCAGGACAAGGAGAUCAAAGGAGAGUCUACAGGUCAGGAGACACAGGGAGCCCCUCAGGACCUAGUGACAUCAGAGGUGACAGCCAGGAGUUUCAGGGUGUCCUGGAGUCACGCUCCCGGCAGUGUAGAGAAGUACCGUGUGGUGUUCUACCCUGCUACCCAGGGAGGACGGCCUGAAGAGGCUGUGGUGGACGGCACAGAGAACUCUGUGGUUCUGCGGUAUCUCAACUCCUUAACAGAGUACCAGUUAGCUGUGUUUGCUGUCUACACCAGCUCAGCUAGCGAGGCACUUCGUGGCAGCGAGACCACAUUGGCUCUCCCCAUGGUGAACGGCCUGGAGCUGUACGACGUUACCCACAACACCAUGCGGGCGCGGUGGAGCGGUGUGCAGGGCAUCUCGGGGUACAUGGUCCUAUACGCCCCCCUGACUAACGACCAGGCCUCCGACGAGAAAGAGAUGAAGGUGUCAGACGCCGUAACUGAUCUACAGCUGGAGGACUUGACUCCUGCCACUGAGUACACGGUGACAGUCUACGCCAUGUAUGGAGAAGAAGCUAGCGAUCCUAUGAGUAGCCAGCAGACCACCUUGCCACUGAGCCCUCCCAAGAACCUUGUGUUCUCUGAGGUGGACCACAACUCAGCCAAACUGUCGUGGGAAGCUGCCUCUAGGAAGGUGACAGGAUACCGCAUCAUGUACGUCAAGACUGACGGGCUAAAGACUGAUGAGGUGGAUGUGGGUCCAGUCACGUCCUGGACUCUGAAUGACCUGAAAUCUGCAACGGAGUAUGAGGUAGCCAUAUUUGGGAUCUACGACGAGGGCCAAUCAGAAGCUCUCUCUGGCAGCUUCACCACCGACCCUGUGCCAGAACCUCUUGACCUCCAGGCCAGUGAGGUCACCGCAGAGAGCUUCCGGGUCAGCUGGGGUCACUCUGCUCCGGGUAUCGUCCUCUACAAACUGACCUGGGCUCCUUAUGAUGGAGGGGACACUAAGGAGAUGGCUAUAAGUGGUGAUGUGGACUCCUUCCUCCUCAGUGGACUGAGCCCUAACACAGAGUACGAAGUGAUGCUCCAAGCCGUCUUCAAAGACCAAUCAGAGAGUGAUGCGGUGUUUGUGGUGGAGACGACACUUGCCAGGACAACAACGGUUGCCACUACAACGCCAGUGGUGCGUCAUGCGGUGAGAGGCCUGCAGGUCCAGGAGGAGACCACCUACAGCCUGGAGGUGUCAUGGCAGCUGGAGGAUCCUAAGGUGGACCAGUACAGAGUCACCUACGUCAGCCUCACAGGAGACCGCAACGAGGAGUCAGUCCUGGUGCCUGGGCAGCAGACCACAGUCCUUCUCCAGCCUCUGCUGUCUGACACAGAGCACAAGGUCACGGUCACCCCAGUCUACACAGAUGGACAGGACGGCAUCAGUGUUUCUUCUGUGGGCAGAACAUUGCCCCUCUCGGCGCCUAGCAACCUGAGGGUGUCUGAGGAGUGGUUCAGUCGCUUCCGCAUCACCUGGGACACGCCUCCUUCUCCCACCUUGGGCUUCAGGGUAGUCUACCAACCCACCUCUGUGCCGGGGUCAGCUCUGGAGACCUUUGUGGGAGACGACGUCAACACCAUGCUGAUCCUGAACCUGCAAAGUGACACUGAGUACACUGUGAAGGUCAUCUCUUCCUACACCACGGGAUCCAGCCAGCCUCUCCAGGGCACCGCCAAGACAUUGUACCUGGGCGUGACCAACCUGAACACCUACCAGGUGAUGAUGUCCAGUAUGUGUGUCCAGUGGCAGCCCCAUCGUCAGGCUGACCUCUACAGGGUGGUCAUCGAGUCUCUGCUCAAUGGCCAGAAACAGGAAGUGAGUGUUGGAGGCUCUGCGUCUAGACAGUGUUUCUAUGAUCUGACCCCUAACAGCCAGUAUAAGAUCAGCGUUUCCACCCAGCUACAGGACAUGGAGGGGCCCGCCGUCACCACCAUCACUACUACACUCCCCGCCCCCACCCAGCCCCCGACACCACCCCCCACGUCACCCCUCCUACCGACCAUACCGCCCGCCAAGGAAGUCUGUAAGGCAGCCAAAGCUGACCUGGUCUUCUUGGUGGACGGGUCUUGGAGCAUCGGAGACGACAACUUCCAGAAGAUUAUCCGUUUCCUGUACAGUACGAUGGGAUCUCUGGAUCUGAUUGGUCCUGACGGCACACAGCCACUGAUGUUUGAGAAAGCAACAUGUCCUAUGAGGGGCUGGUCUAGUCCAGUACACACAGGUCAGAGUGAGGUUAGGGUCACAGGUCAGGGCCAGGCCAUUAAGCAUGUGAAGGAAUCUAUCUUCACCUCAGAGGGAGGAGUGAGGAGGGGGGUUCCUAAGGUACUGGUGGUCCUCACCGAUGGCCGUUCCCAAGACGACGUCAACAAGGUCUCCAAGGAGAUGCAGAUGGAAGGCUACAUCAUCUUUUCCAUCGGCUUUGCUGAUGCGGACUACGGAGAGUUGGUGAACAUCGGCAGCAAACCCAGCGACAGACACGUCUUCUUUGUGGACGAUUUGGACGCUGUCAAGAAAAUUGAGGAGCAGCUGAUCACUUUUGUGUGUGAGGCUGCCACUGCCACUUGUCCAUCGGUUCUGAUGAGUGGCAACACCAUGGCAGGCUUCAGGAUGAUGGACAUGUUUGGCCUGGUAGAGAAGGAGUACAGUAACGUAGAGGGAGUGUCCCUGGAACCAGGCUCCUUCAACAGCUUCCCCUGCUACAGACUGCACAAAGACGCCCUGGUCUCACAGCCCACCAAGUACCUCCACCCAGAAGGUUUGCCCUCUGACUACACCAUCACCUUCCUGUUCCGCCUGCUACCAGACACCCCCCAGGAGCCCUUUGCAUUGUGGGAGAUCCUCAACAAAGACAAUGAACCUUUGGUUGGGGUCAUCCUGGACAAUGGUGGGAAGACUCUGACGUUCUUCAACUACGACUACAAGGGAGACUUCCAGACAGUCACUUUUGAUGAGCCUGACAUCAAGAAGAUGUUCUAUGGCAGUUUCCACAAGCUCCACAUGGCGAUCAGUAAGACCACAGCCAGGGUGGUGGUUGACUGUAAGGUAGUGGGAGGAAAACCCAUCAACGCAGCUGGCAACAUCAGUAUAGACGGGGUGGAGGUACUGGGACGCAUGGUACGAUCCAGAGGGAAGAGAGACAACUCAGCUCCGUUCCAGAUCCAGAUGUUUGACAUUAUCUGCAGCACGUCCUGGGCCAGUCGAGACAAGUGCUGUGAGCUCCCUGGACUGAGGCUGGAGGAGGACUGUCCUGCCAUGCCCCAUUCCUGUAGCUGUUCUCAGGACAGUAAAGGACCUCCCGGACCCACAGGACCUCCCGGAGGUGCUGGUAUCAGAGGGGCCAGGGGAGAUCGAGGGGAGCCAGGCAAUGUGGGGCCUCAAGGACUAGUUGGUGAUAAAGGUCCUCCUGGACCACAGGGCCCCCCUGGUCCUCAAGGGCCUAGUGGACAUUCCAUCCAGGGACCACCGGGUGGUGAUGGUGAAAAGGGAGAAAAGGGAGAUGUUGGUUUACCAGGACCUCAGGGUGUUGGUGGAUCUCCUGGCGGAUCAGGAAGAGAUGGACCAGUUGGACAGAGGGGCGUGCCUGGGAAGGAUGGACCACAAGGACAGCAGGGUACGACAGGGCCCGUCGGCAGUCCUGGAGCCCCCGGGGCCCCUGGUGGAAGUGGCUCUCCUGGACCGCUGGGAGACCAGGGACCACCUGGCCCUGCUGGUACCAAAGGAGACAAGGGUGAACGGGGAGACCUGCAGUCUCAAGCUACCGUCAGGGCCUUAGCACGCCAAGUGUGUGAGCAACUGAUUCAGAGUCACCUGUCUCGCUACAGCUCCAUCCUGAACCAGAUCCCCAGCCAGUCAGUGUCUGUGAGGACGGUACCGGGACCUCCAGGAGAGCCCGGUCGCAGGGGUCUGCCAGGGCCACAGGGAGAGGGGGGGCCCACAGGCAGACCAGGGUUCCCUGGGACCAACGGACAGGAUGGACGGCCGGGGGAGAGAGGUCUCCCAGGAGAGAAGGGGGAGAGGGGGAGUCAAGGUGUGGGGACACAGGGCCCCAGAGGUCCCCCAGGACCACCAGGUCUUCUAGGAGAGGGGCGUACAGGCAGCCAAGGCCCCGCCGGUAGACCAGGCAGCCAGGGUACCCCAGGGCGACCAGGCACCCCUGGAUCCACGGGCCCUGCUGGUGCUGCUGGCUACUGCGACCAGAACUCCUGUUUGGGCUACAACGUUGGAGGAGGACAGGAACAGGAAUAUGAGAAUGACUACUGAGCAACAUUCUCUUAGUUCCAGACCCCCCCUCCUCUCCUCCCACCCUCUCCUCUCCUCCCUCCCACCCUCUCCUCUCCUCUCCUACCUCCC